CAGGCAACUCUCGCCGCUUCUCGCCGUGGCGCCGGGAGAUGUCGCGAGAGCUGGUUGCCUUGGCUCCCUGUAGCUAUAGCAGCCGCGGCGGUUGAGGAUGCGGCGGCUGGAGCGCUGAAGAGCUCUCCCAGAAGAAGCAUUAUAAACAAGCAUAAAGAACACAUCCUACCCCGAUCCCUGGAUGCUGUUGGACUUGAGGAUUCCAGCCACUUCAGGAUCUUCUGGAGACAGUUCAAGAAAAGUAGAAAAAAAGCAACAUUGAAGGAUUUUUUUCCCACUCAUAUCAGUCACCUUAAAUUUGGUCAUUGUUUGGAGCAAGUGGAAGUCGGCUUGGUCCUGUGGAUCUAAGGAUACCCAAAUUCCUUCUAUAUUUAUCAUUGAAAAGUUGGAAGCUCCAAAUCUUCUGACAAAAAUUCACUGAAUUCUGGAUCCUCUUUUUAUUUAGAAUUUCAGCAAUAGAAACGUUCUCCACAAAGAAACUUUUCUGUGUUUUUUCAGGCUAAAUGUGAAUAAGAAUGUCUUGGAAAAGAAAUUACUUUUCAGGGGGCCGUGGUAAUGUUCAGGGGAUGUUUACUCCACGGAGCUCGACCUCCAUCGCCCCUAGCAAAGGCCUCAUCAACCAGCCAGGGCAAAAUAGCUGCUUCCUCAAUAGUGCCCUGCAGGUUUUAUGGCACUUGGACAUCUUCCGACGCAGCUUUAGGCAGCUUACGACUCACAAGUGCAUGGGAGAGUCCUGCAUCUUUUGUGCUCUCAAGGGAAUCUUUAACCAAUUUCAGUGCAGUAGUGAAAAAGUGCUUCCAUCCGACACUCUUCGAAGUGCUCUGGCAAAGACUUUUCAGGAUGAGCAGCGUUUCCAGCUGGGAAUCAUGGACGAUGCUGCUGAGUGCUUCGAAAACCUCCUAAUGAGAAUUCACUUCCACAUUGCUGAUGAAACUAAAGAGGAUAUAUGUACUGCCAAACACUGUAUUUCCCACCAGAAAUUUGCCAUGACAUUAUUUGAGCAGUGUGUGUGUACUAGCUGUGGUGCGACUUCUGAUCCUCUGCCUUUCAUCCAGAUGGUGCAUUACAUCUCCACCACUUCUCUUUGCAAUCAGGCUAUUUGUAUGCUGGAGAGAAGAGAAAAGCCCUCGCCUAGCAUGUUUGGGGAGCUGCUGCAGAAUGCCAGCACCAUGGGGGACCUGCGGAACUGUCCGAGCAACUGUGGAGAGAAAAUUCGGAUUCGCCGUGUACUGAUGAAUGCACCACAGAUCAUCACCAUUGGGCUGGUUUGGGACUCAGACCACUCGGAUUUGGCAGAGGAUGUCAUUCAUAGUCUGGGGACCUGCCUUAAGCUGGGUGAUCUAUUCUUCCGUGUGACUGAUGACCGGGCCAAGCAGUCGGAGCUGUACUUAGUAGGAAUGAUCUGCUACUAUGGCAAACAUUAUUCCACAUUUUUUUUCCAAACAAAGAUCCGUAAAUGGAUGUAUUUUGAUGAUGCGCAUGUCAAGGAGAUUGGGCCCAAAUGGAAAGAUGUGGUGACCAAAUGCAUCAAGGGGCAUUAUCAGCCUUUGCUGCUGCUUUAUGCGGAUCCUCAGGGGACCCCAGUGUCCACACAGGACCUGCCCCCUCAAGUCGAAUUCCAGUCGUAUAGCAGGACGUGCUAUGACAGUGAAGACUCAGGGAGGGAGCCUUCCAUCUCAAGUGACACUCGAACAGAUUCCUCAGCGGAGAGCUGUCCCUACAAACACUCCCACCAUGAGUCUGUGGUUGGUCACUUCUCUUCUGAGUCUCAGGGGACAGUCAUCUAUAAUGUGGAGAAUGAUUCCAUGUCUCAGAGCAGUCGGGACACAGGACAUCUGACCGACAGCGAAUGCAAUCAGAAACUCACAUCCAAGACAGGGUCACUGCUGGAGCGCAAGAGGAGCUCCGGCCGAGCGAGGCGGAAGGUGGAUGAGCCGAGGGCCUCCGGGUAUCACAGUGAAGGAGAAACACUGAAGGAGAAGCAGGCUCCUAGGAAUGCCUCUAAGUCAUCGGGCAGCACUAACAGGCUGAGGGACUUUAAAGAGACAGUCAGCAACAUGAUCCAUAACAGGCCGUCCCUGGCCUCUCAGGCCAGCGCGGGCUCUCCCUUUGCAGGGAAGGGAGGACAGCAGACUGACAAAAACCUGAAGAACUUGCCUUUAUACUCUCGUGACUGGGAAGUGGAGAGUACCAGCAGUGAGUCAAAAUCCAGUUCUUCUAGCAAAUAUCGCCCAACAUGGAGACCCAAGAGGGAGUCUCUGAAUAUUGACAGUAUCUUUAGUAAGGACAGAAGGAAGCAUUGCGGCUACACCCAACUCAGUCCCUUUUCUGAGGAUCCAGCUAAAGAAUUUACACCAGACGAACUGAGCAAGCCGCCUGCAUAUGACGUUAAAACUGGUGGAGCCAGCCCUGCAUCAAAGCCCUGGGGCGCUGCGCGGCCGGGCGCUCACCUGUUAGAGCAGCAGCCUCGCCUCAUCCAGCGGAUGGAGUCGGGCUAUGAGAGCAGCGAGAGGAACAGCAGCAGCCCUGUCAGCCUGGACGUCGCCCUGGCGGAGAGCGCCAGUGUCAGCAGGGACCUGAGUGCUAAGAGGUUAGCUGGGUUGGCACCUUCCUGGCGCCACAUCCCAAAGUCUCACAGCAGUAGUGUCCUAGAGGUGGACCCCACAGCAUCCAGGAGUGGCUGGACAAAGAAUCAACCUCUCUCAGGUGGAGAGGUAGCUGCCAAAAGUGAACUGGAUGAAUUGCAGGAAGAAGUGGCCAGGAGGGCCCAGGAGCAGGAACUUAGAAGGAAACGGGAGAAAGAAUUAGAGGCAGCUAAAGGGUUUAACCCUCAUCCCAGUCGAUUCAUGGACUUGGAUGAACUUCAGAAUCAGGGGAGGAGUGACGGCUUUGAGAGGUCCCUGCAAGAGGCAGAGUCAGUGUUUGAAGAGUCGCUACAUCUGGAACAGAAGGGCGAAUGUGCUGCAGCUUUGGCUCUCUGUAAUGAAGCUAUCUCUAAACUAAGACUUGCCCUGCAUGGUGCCAGCUCUAGCACGCACAGCAGAGCGCUAGUCGAUAAGAAGUUGCAAAUCAGUAUUCGAAAAGCACGGAGCCUGCAGGAGCGCAUGCAGCAGCACCCAGCAUCCCAGCAGCCGCCGCAGCCCUCAGCCUGCCUCCCCGCACCGGGGGGCGCCCUUCCUCACCCAACCAGUGAACAGCAUGUCCCGCUCCAAGUAUUGUUAAGCCAGGAGGCCCAGGUGGAACCCUCCAUGAACACCGAAUAUGGGGCCAGUUCUUUCGUCCGUUCACCUGCUUCCUGCCAUGAAUCACACUCAUCGCUAUUCCGAGAGCCAUCUUCCCUGUCUAUCCCACUGCGCAGCUCUCCCACCAGGUCUGCCUCAAACCUUCAGACUUCAGUUGAGGUGGACAGCAGUGACCCCUUUGCACACCCUGGGCAUUGCUUGCCUAAAACGCCAGGUAGGGCUGAGAAGAAUACCAGCUAUGAUUGGGAAACAUCCGAUACACCCGAGGGUCAGCUGCGUGGCCACAGAGGAGACAGUGGCAGCUGUAGUAGAUUUCCCUCUCAAGAAGGAAGAGGCAUUUUGAAAGAACAGCUAUUCCAAGACAGGAGGGAUCCUGCUGACUCAUCCCAGACUAUGGUUUUCUCCCACCCAGCUGGAAAACCCCCCUGUGAGAGAGGAGACACACACAACCCAGCCCGCCGUCCUUCCAGCCCAUCAGCCCAGUCCAGCCUUCCCCUGUACAGAGCCUGCCGUCCCGUAACGUCGGAUACUUCCUCAGUUGUGCUUCACUCUCCCGAUGAUGUGCAGCAAACUAACCAAUGUCUCCAAGCCAAAAGCCUCAAAGCUUCAUUGCCUUCCAAAUUGGACAAAGGCAGCGAGGAGCCCUAUAGUCCAGGGUUUGUUGGCACAAAGGGACUCGUCCGUUCUUUGGCAGAACGGUUCCAGGGAAUGCAAGGUGCCUCCACAAGGGCUGGUACAGGUUCCCAGGAUAGAAGUGUGCCAAAUAAUCUCAGAAAGAACUCUUCCCCUCCUGACUCCAAGCCUCCGUUCUCACAGGACCAAGGGAAAGGCCAUUGGCCUUGGGCAAAACAGCAACCCUCUCAGACUGGUCGGGACAGACUGUCUGCCAGGGAAGAGCCUGGGAGUCAUUCUGCUGCUCUGACCUCUGGGCUGCCUAAUGGAGACGCUGCUAGGGGAGGGCAGCCCUGGCUGACAGAGCCAGCUGUGUGUCAGUGGGAGCUGGCCCCAGUGGGAGAUGCUGGCCCUAAGGAGCGGGGACGCAGUGUCAACCUGGGGAGUUCCUUGCCUUUGGAUUCCUGGGUGAAUGCCACAAGACUCUGUGAUUCUCAGUUUAAACAUGGGGUCCCUGGGCCGGGAGUGAAGUCCUCUCCAUACGACCCUCAUAUCUGUGUAGCCUAUCCAGAAAGAAACCACAUCCUUUUGCAUCCACAUUGGAACCAAGACACAGAACAGGAGAUGUCAGAAUUGGAGUCUCUGUACCAGGCCAGUCUUCAAGUUUCUCAAGCUGGCUGUUCUGCAUGGGGGCGGCAGGAUGUGACUGGAGACCCACUUAGCCAAACAGGCUCAGCAGAUGGUAUGGGGAGAAGAUUGCACUCGGCCCCUGGCCUUGGUCUCUCAGAGACCCCGACAGCCGAAAUGGAGCACAGUCUUCAUGAAGCCAGCACAGUGCCUGCUUCUCAGGCUGCACCUUGCCGUGGCCCCAGCAGGGAGUAUGGGGAAGAUGAUCAAUACUGUGCAGAGAACUUUCGCCGCAUCUCCCGCAGUCUCAGUGGCACCACUGUCUCAGGAAGGGAAAAGGCCUCAGUCCCUUUCCACAGUUUUGAUUCAUCAAAUACGAGGAAAAAGCCUUUGGAAACCCGGCACCGUUGUUCCAGCUCCUCUUCCCUCCCUGUCAUUCAUGACCCUCCUGUGUUUCUCCUUGGCCCCCAAUUCUACCCUUCCCAACCACAGCUCCUGCCCCCAGAUGUCUUGAUACCCAGCGUGGCAGGGGAGCCCCAUAGAUCCCCAGGAACUUCGAGGAGUGACCAGCAGUUUCUGGCUAUGUGUGACAGGGGUGAAACUUCCCAAGGGGUCAAGUACACAGGAAGGACUUUGAACUACUGGAGUCUCCCCCAUCGUUCCAGAACAGAUGCCUCCUGGGGACCCUGGUCAGGGAGCAACCAGCAUACUGGGGCCAGAUUCCUGACUACUCCAGGAUGCAAGCCUCAGCUAACCCACACUGCCACAUUACCAGAAAGGCACCAGGGUCUACAGGUUCCUCAGAUGCAGUAUAGGGGCAAUCUGCUCUAUUCACCCUCUGUCCCUCCCACUGUUCACCACGUGUCAGCGUCAUCUAGCAGUCUCCACGCACCCCCAGGGUCAGGUUGGAAUGCAGGUCCUGGUCCAGGGUCUCAGAUCUCUGGUCCUCGGAGAGUAGAUAUGCCUCCAGAUGAUGACUGGAGGCAGAGUAGCUAUGCCUUGCAAUCUGGGUGCAGGAGGACAGGGGGAGAGGAAUUUCUGUUUGCUCUAGCAGACACCCCCAGAAGAGAACAGAUCAGGGCUAAAGUCCCACAGCACAGCAGGUGGUAAGGGCCACCUCUCUGCUUCAUGGAACCAGUAGCUUUCUCUGAAAUUAGAUGACUGCAGAGUUGGCACCCUGCAGCCCUGUUGGGUGCACUGGUUUCUUCUCUGCUUCUCCAGUUGGCAGUUUUCUCCUAGGUGUGCCAAAACCUGCUAAUGCAGCCUGGCUCUCUGAGAGGGAAUAUUUGACAUUCUGAUGUUCAUGCAUCUAGCAAAAGGAAGCAGCUACUGUUUAGGAUUUCAUUUGAACCUCUCUGAAGAGGAAUCCAUAAUUUUUUUUUAACAUUAGCCAUUUCUUAGAAUUUUAAUGUAAUUAUUUCAUUACUGGAUACUUUAUACCCUGUCCAUACCUAAGCCCUUGUCUUCUGAACCCUAUUAUAUUACAGUUUCUGUUUUUUGUUUUAUAUCCACCUACUCCCAUUACCAGACCUUAUCCUUAGAACAUGUAGUUCAUGGUCCUGACUAUUCAGGGCAGCCCUCCUGCUUAGUUACUAUGUCUUGUACCCAAAACUUGGGCCGGGAACGCAGAGCUGCCAGUGUAACAUUUCCCCUUCUGAAGAGAUGGAUCAGCCACACUAACUCACCCUCUUGUUGUCAGCAGCGAGCCAUUACUGCCACUUGCUCUGUUGCCAUUGUAAACCCUCAGAGUCAGUUGAAAUAUUUUAGGACCAAACAUACUGUUUUUGUAAACUAUUUUUCAUUAAUAAAUCUAUAAGAUAGUUCUAUUUAAUUUCUUGCUAUCCCUUUUGUAUGCCUUUGUUC